AUGGGCCAAUUUUGGACUUGGUCUCAAUGGGCUGACAGCAUUAAGUCCUGCUUUGAGAAAUGCUUCUGGAUACCCAACGACACCCAAGAUCCUGAAAUAUCUUACAAUCACGGGGCUUACAAGGACAGUUUCGGCUCAUCUGCUAAGUUCACGGACAAUCAACUUCGGCCCAAUUUUCUUGUCACUAUGACAGUGUUAAUGUGCAUAUACAUGCACAAAUUCUCUUUUUAUUCCCUUCUCCAACUUAUUCCCUCACAACGUGGAAAUAUUAAACAGGCGCCCUCUCUCUUCACUCCCGAACGCGCCUGGGAUGCAUUGCAAAUUGUUAAAGCUCAGUUGGUUGGUCCACUUGGCAUCAAAACGUUGGGUCCAAACGAUUGGGCAUAUCGUGGCUACUAUGAUAAUUCCAACGAAAGCACUGAUUUCUCUUUGGCAAAAGGCUUUAAUUAUCACCAGGGCCCAGAGUGGCUUUGGCUGACUGGUUAUUAUCUUCGUGCCUUGCUCUAUUUCGGCCGUCACCUAGCACGUAUCAACCCAAAGUCUUACGGGCAUCUUGCUAACGAGGUUUUAGCCGACUGUCAGGCCCACCUGGCUCGCCUUGACGACCACCUUUACUCCUCACCAUGGCGUUCACUACCAGAGCUGACCAACUUCAAUGGCUCCGUAAGAAUACCAUUUAAUAAAAAUUCUUUUUAG